CCUGCUUCUCUUGAGAAACCCUCCCUUUACUCGGUAACUUCUUUUUUUAAAAAAAAAAAACGAAAUACGCGAUCUUAUCAUAUGAUUCUCUCGCUCUACAUCAUCAACAAGGCCGGUGGUCUGGUUUAUCAAAAAGACUUUGGAGAUCAGCUCGAGAAGCUAUCGAGUAAUGAAUAUCUUGUUCUUGCAGGCACAUUUCACGGUGUACAUGCCAUUACGUCAAAAAUCUCGCCUCUCUAUGGCUCUACCGGAAUUGAGAUGUUAGAGGCCGACACAUUCAGAUUGUUUUGCUUCCAGACACUCACAGGGAGCAAAUUCUUGCUGUUCACUGACCCACAGCAGGUUUCUGUAGAACCCUAUAUGAAAAAGAUUUAUGAUCUGUACAGUGAUUUUGUGAUGAAGAAUCCCUUCCAUACCCCGGAAAUGCCAAUUCGAUGUGAUCGAUUUGAUCAGUCUCUUUUGAAGUUCAUUAAAUCUGUCAAUGGUGGAUAAAGCAAAAGAAAAAGAAAGAUAAAGCACAACAACCAAAAAAAAAAAAUCCAAGGCUUUAAACAAUUCAGGCUUUCUGCUUUUUUUUUCUUGCUACACACUGUACACAAGCAAGUUGCAUAAAUGUGAAUAUGUACUAUAUUUCUUUCUUUUUUGUUUUCAGGACUCGUUUAUAAUGAACCCUUAAAGAAAAGCAGUGCUUAACACACACACACAUGUUAUUGUUCUUUCAAUAAGUUACAGUGCCUUUUUUUUAUAUUUUGGCUUU